AUGUCUAAGCGGAACGAUAGGGAGGGUGGCGGCGGCGCCAAAAAAACUAAAGCGUCCGUCGCGCGUGGCAAGGGGAUGAAAAAUGUGGCGGCAAAGAAGGUCGCGCACGGUCAAGAGAAGUUCGGCAUGAAGGCGGGAGACAACGGGAAGCAACCAACGACACGCAAGCGUGUUUCUACAGUGAACAAAGAGGUGGAUCAUGCCUCUACUGGAACCGAGCCCGGUACGCCUAACGACGGCACCAGUGGCGGCAACGAAGAUCCGGGGCGAGGGAGCGCAAGUCUUGCAGUCCCGUCGGCGGAGAGAGAGGGAUCGGCGACAGGGGGAAACCACGGAGGCGAUCCUCGCGACGAGCAUGCCGCAACCAAGGAGUCUGAGGCGGAGGCAUCACAACAGCAUCUGACGCUGCUCCAGCCGACCGUGGUGGAGGCAAGACGUAGGCAGAGGAAGAGCGAUGAUGAGGACGAGUAUGACACCGCCGUGCCCGGAGACAUGACCACGCGGACGAAGAGGCGGCAAACGACGGGCAGUCCGCGCGACGCCGAUGGUGGGGAAGCACUGACAACGCGAGGCACCAGUGAAGCUGGUGGCAAGGCGACGGGUCAUGCAUUGCGCCAGAAGGGCCGACCCGCAGCAAGAAAAGCAUCCGGCGGAAAGAGGGGCAAGAAAGCAGUGAAGAGGACGAUGCCGAAACGGGGCGAUAAAGACCCUGGUGACGCCGAGGAGGAGGAUGCAAAGGAAGGGGAAGAUGAAGAGGAUGCGGAGGAGGAUGACGCGGAUGUUGGGGAGGAUGAAAAUGAUGAGAAAGAUGGCGGGGAGGACGAAGAGGAGGAGGAUGAGGAUGAGGACGAGGAGGGCGGCGACGAUGAUGAGGAGGAGGAGGAGGAGGAGGAGGAGGAGGAGGAGGAGGAGGAGGAGGAGGAGGAGGAGGAGGAGGAGGAGGAGGAGGAGGAGGAGGAGGAGGAGGAGGAGGAGGAGGAGGAGGAGGGGUGGAGGGAGGAGGAGGAGGAGGAGGGGAGGAGGAGGAGGAGGAGGAGGAGGAGGAGGAGGAGGAGGAGGAGGAGGAGGAGGAGGAGGAGGAGGAGGAGGAGGAGGACGACGACGACGAUGAAGAGCAGGGGGGCGACGAUGAAGAGGAUGAGGAGGACGAGGAGGAGGCAGAGGAGGAGGAGGAGGAGGAGGAGGAGGAGGAGGAGGAGGAGGAGGAGGAGGAGGAGGAGGAGGAGGAGGAGGAGGAGGAGGCGGACGUGGCGGCAGUGA